UGAAUCAUUAGCCAAAAAAAAUAAAUAAUACCAUUUAUAUACGAGAAUUUAAAAAAAAAAGGAAUAAAAAAUUAAAUCAAGAUGGCCAUCAUGAAAUCCUGCUGUUUCUGCUUCUCUCCGCGGACCGGAAGCGUGCUUUGCGCGAUUAUCUCCUUGAUUAUUUUCUUGAUAGAAGCCGGAUUUACGAUCAACAAAUUGGCGGACAGGCAAAGUGGGAGACAAGGAAACGACAAUAAAGAUGUAUUAAUAGCUCUGUGGGGACUGGAACUCUUUUUUGUCGUAUUGUUGGUCAUCUCCACCAUAUUAUUGAUAUUAGGCAUUAGACAAAAUACGCGAAAAUUAUUUUGGCCGUGGAUGGUAAGUACAUCAAUAAUAAUAAUGAUAGUUUUGAUGACGAUAUUAAUCGCCGAAAGGUUGAGUGCUUUGGCUCCUGGGAAUGGCGUGCUAUUCUUCGUAAUAUAUUGCGCUAUCAGCAUAUCGAUUGCACUCUUUUUGGGGGGAAAUAAAAAAGAAUCUAUAAAAUUCCGCAGAAGAAGAUUAAAUCAAGAUGGCCAUCAUGAAAUCCUGCUGCUAUUGCUUCUCCCCAAAGACCGGAAGCAUGAUAACUGCAAUCCUCUCCUUGAUUAUUUUCUUGAUACAAAUGGGUGUCAAGAGUUACGAUUUGUCAACUGCCCAGAGACAACCAAGUAGUGUCGUUACUCUUUGGGGAUUGGAUCUCUUCUUAAACAUAUUAAUAAUCAUCUCGGCCGCAUUAUUAAUAAUAGGCAUUAGACUACGUAAGCGAUACUACUUUUGGCCCUGGAUGAUUAUUAUGGUAAUCUCAACAGGAAAGAACUUGAUUUCGUACAUUUACCAAUUGGCUACAAUGUAUAUCGAUGUGCAAAUCGUAUCAAUUAGCAUUGUCAUGAUACUCUUAUCAUUCUUUUGGAUUUAUUGUUUGCUAUGUGUCAUUACUCACUAUCAGGAGCUGGGGCGUUGAGAGGUAAAACGUAUUUGGCGAAAGGAUGCAAUAAGGAUCUGGCACAAAAAAUAAUAUUAUUCUCAUUGGCAUCGCUUCAAAACAUUAUUAUAACGGGGGGAACCUUCUCAAUAUAAAAUGUCGCAAAUUUAUUUUUUUUUAAAAAAAUUUUCAAAACUUUAUACCAUCAAUUUUUUUCCAAAUAUUUGUAUAUAACUUCCGAUCAAAUAUGAAAUUCGAUAAUAAUUCAUUAUCAGUAGGCCUCGAUGUGUAAAUUAAAUCAUUUUUUUCCCUAAAAUAUUUUGAAACAAGUUUUGAUUUGCAAAUUAUAUAUAUAUAUAUCUUUCUUUCCUUUCUUUAUAUAUAUAUAUAUAUGAGCUUUCUUAGCAUCCUUUGUAUAAAAAAAAUUUAAUAUUGCAAACUUAAAUACUACACACAUAAUUUUACAAUAUUUUACUUUUCAUUUUUUUCUCGAAUUUCAAAGAUAUAUAUUAAUAUUUAGAUAUAGCUUUUAGAAAACAAAAUCAAAAAAUAUAUAUAUUAUUACUCAUCUAUUGCCUAUGCACACACAGUGUAAUAUCUUAGCUGGCUUUUGUUGGUCUAAUUACAAAAUAAUAUAUUAAAUAUUUGAAUAUAAUCUUUAUAAAUUGUAUAAAUUAAUAAUAUACUAUUGUUUUUUCUUAUUUUUAAAUUAUGUAAUAUCUAGUGUUAUUGAACGCGUUCGUGAUAACGUUCGUUUAAUUUUAAAAAUAUUUUUAUUUUUAUCUAUUUAAAGAAUUUAAUAUUUCCGAAUUUUUUUAAAUAAAAGUAUUAUUUAUAUUUU